AUGUCGACUAUGAAACAUAAUAAAUCAAGAAUGUACGAUACCAAAUCACACGUAAGCCACACCUCGCAAUCUUACACCAAUGUGGAAACGAAACCUGGUAAAGAACAGCGACACGAACUUCACGAUAAAUACGUGCACCCGGUUAAAGAGCCGCAAAGUAAUGCGCCCCAGGAUUAUAAAAUGUCCUUGAAUCGUGAGAGUAUAGGACGGCAAAAAGAUCGAGAGAUCGAAGAACAAGAAGCAGAAAUUAUUGCAAAGAAGGACGCCCGACAAAAACAAAAAAUGCCAGCUAAACCAUAG